UGAGCACCGAGUUGGUAGGCGGGGCUUCAGGGGUGGGGCCAAGCCAAAGAGCCUCUCGCUUAGGAGCUUCUCCAUUCUAUCAGCUCUCCCGGGACACCCAAAGCAAGACUGACACCAGUGCACGCAGCAGGCACUAUGGAGUCCUUCAGCUCAAAGAGUCUGGCACUACAGGCGGAGAAGAAGCUACUGAGUAAGAUGGCAGGUCGGUCCGUGGCUCAUCUGUUCAUCGACGAGACCAGCAGCGCGGUGCUAGAUGAGCUCUACCGUGUUUCCAAAGAGUACACGCACAGCCGGCCCCAGGCCCAGCGGGUGAUCAAGGACCUGAUCAAGGUGGCGGUCAAGGUGGCCGUGCUGCACCGCAGCGGUUGCUUUGGCCCCGGUGAGCUGGCCCUGGCCGCCCGCUUCCGCCAAAAGCUGCGGCAGGGCGCCAUGACGGCACUCAGCUUUGGCGAGGUGGACUUCACCUUUGAGGCUGCGGUGCUGGCUGGCCUGCUGACCGAGUGCCGGGAUGUGCUGCUGGAGCUGGUGGAGCACCACCUCACACCCAAGUCACACGGCCGCAUCCGCCACGUGUUCGAUCACUUCUCUGACGCGGGCCUGCUCACCGCCCUCUACGGGCCCGACUUCACUCAGCACCUGGGCAAGAUCUGUGAUGGGCUCAGGAAGAUGCUGGAUGAGGGGAAACUCUGAGGGCCCUGGAACCCAGCACAAGCCACCUUGGCCAGAGAGCUGACUGAGGAAACAACCCGGAACGAGCUUUCUAACCCUGCUCAUCUGCACUAAUGCUUGUCAGUCCUCGGGCUUCGUCUUUCCUAAGAGUGCUUUGGACUCUGAGACCACCCCACCCCCGAACUGCUGGUGGAGAAGAAGCAAAGCUGAGGGUUGAGGCCUCUCUCCCACUCCAGCCCCAGGACAGGAAACAAAGCUGCCUGAAAAAGACGAAGUGAAACUUGGAUCUCUAUUUCCCCCAUAAGGGACAUUUGAAACAGGGAAGCCCCCUCCCCUGUGAACCAGGGUAAGAGGGCAUAGCCCAUCUAACCCGUCAGGGGACCCUAAAGACAGAAGUGGGAGUGGCCCCCUUAGAGCCAUCCUAGACCUCCAGCUCCAAGUAGAGCCUGGAUGGACACCAGAGGCUCUGUUCCAGAGUGCAGGAAGAAGGGGCUAGGGCAGGGGAGAUUCUCACAGGGGAAAUAAAACUACUAAAGCAUG